AACGAAAUAAUGAUCAACUUCACGUCAGCGGUAACAUACGGUGAGGAGAGAGCAAAGACGCUAGACAAAAAAAUCCCACCGGAAUGCCCGCCAUCUUCUUUCCACGGCGAGUGUCAUGGCAACCUCGUGCGCAAAACACAGUGCGCGUUCAGCUGGGAUUGGGGCCCAGCUUUUGUAUCGCAAGGGAUAUGGCAAGACAUAUUCAUCGUGGCGUAUGAUAAAUUGAUUAUCACAGAUGUGACCACUAGUACAGAGAAAGGUCAGAAAUCUUGGAAAUUGCACGUGAAGGUAUUCACGCGAGCUGUACGAGAUGUCCACGUGCAGGGAUUGGUGCGCGCGCAUCUCGCUGGAAUCGACAGCCAAUGGGAACAAUCUUUCACUGGAACUAGUCUCGAAAGCAUCGAUAUCGAGGGGAUUUUAAUUCCAAAUGACGCCGUUGAGAUGUGGUGGCCCAGGGGUUACGGCCAGCAGCGUCUUUACAACCUCACGGUGGAGAUACUGGACGGACAGUUGCAGGUACUCUCCACAAAAAUCAUCAAGAUCGGUUUCCGCACCGUGGAACUGGUCGAGGAUCCAUUGCCUGGAAAUUCAAACGGAUUGACAUUCUUCUUCAAGGUGAAUGACCAGCCGAUAUUUCUCAAGGGUUCCAACUGGAUUCCCGCCGACAGCUUCCUGGAACGCGUGUCACAUGACCGAUUGCGUAACUACAUGACGUCAGCCGUUGACGCGAAUAUGAACUGCCUACGCGUGUGGGGUGGUGGGAUUUACGAGACGGACUAUUUCUACGACCUAGCGGACGAGCUCGGUAUCCUGAUAUGGCAGGAUUUCAUGUACGCAUGCGCACUCUACCCUACGGAUGACGUCUUCCUGUCGUCUGUUCAACAGGAAGUGACGUAUCAGGUCCGACGCUUGAAGAACCACCCCUCUCUGCUUGCCUACAGCGGGAACAAUGAGAACGAGCUCGGACUGAAGGGAUGGUGGGGUGUCGGUAACGAUCAGCGCUACAUCGACGACUAUCUGACGCUUUACGUCGCCACCAUCAAGCGCCUACUGGACGCGGAAGACCCCGGCCGCCCCUUUAUGCUCUCGAGUCCAAGCAACGGGGCCGAGACGGUAAAGCAGGGUGGGAUCUCGAAUUUUCCUUCAAGCAACCUUUAUGGAGAUAUUCAUGACUACAACUACGGACGCCGGUUCUGGGACGCUGGCGCCUACAGUGUACCUCGGAUGGCCUCCGAGUACGGGCUGCAGUCGUUCCCGAGCGCUGAGAGUCUCUCUUCCGUUUACGCCGACGCCGACAUGCGCUACGGGUCGGAACUGAACGCUUACCGACAGCAUCACGCCGGCGGCAAUCAACAGAUGCUGAACCUUAUCGAGAUGUACAUGCUGCCCCCUAACGGCACGGACGAAAGGCAGAAGUUCUCAGAUCUCAUCUACUGCACACAGAUUGUGCACGCGGUUGCCAUGCGAACCGAGACGGAGCACUACCGCCGCUGGCAGAGUCAGCUGACCAAUCAAGGGGAGGGGCACACGAUGGGGGCGUUAUAUUGGAUGUUUGCCGACAUCUGGCAGGCCCCAUCUUGGGCCUCUAUUGAAUAUGGCGGGAAAUGGAAAAUGCUGCACUAUUUUGCUCGGAAGUUUUUCGCGCCAAUCUUGAUUUCUCCCUACAUAGACAACUCAGACCUGAAAGUAUUCCUCGUGGUGGACGAGUUGCCUACCUUUGACCGUAACGAUCCGCUCGAAAUCGAGUUGGAACUUCAUCCAGUAAUUACCGAAGAUGAACGACCAUUCAACCUGUUCGCUCUCAGAUCCUGGUGGCACGAGGCGCUGGAGCUUCUGAAGACGGAGUACCGGUCUGGCGCUGUGCCCCUGCUCUCGCUGCUCCAGGGAACCAUCUAUAUGCGCGUGUACGCCUGGGACAGCCUCGAACCACGCUUCACCGAGGAGAUACCUUUUCGGAUUUUAAAGCCAUCCCAGCAAGUGUUCACAGCUAGUGUGGAUUCGCUGGUCGAGAAAGCCAAAUGCGGAUCUGCCGAAAGCUGCUUCCUGUUUCUUCACCUCGGCGACCCAGAUACUGGUCCCACAUCAUGGUUGCCAUUAACAACCAUUCGGGAUGCAAAGGGCCUAGAGAAACCGGAUCUGAAGAUCACAAAAGUAUCGAUAGAUACAACAAACGCCAGAACUUUCAUCAUAGACAUUUCCACAAACCGACCAGCCCCGUUCGUUUGGUUGGAAGCAACAGGUGUCAAGGGUCGUUUUUCCGACAACGGGUUCUUGUUAUGUGAGAGAACCAGUUCCGUCCGGUUUUACGCCUGGGAGACGGUUUCGGAGGAGACAUUAAGGAAAGCGUUGACGGUUACGUCGCUGAUGGAUGUAUACCCAUAGAAAAUAGGGCGCUUAAAUCUUGUGUGAUAAAGUUCAUGUAUAUAUGAGCCACGUUCUAGGAACACUUGGCUUAACUGCGGGUGCUUUAAGUUUCGUCCCAUAUUAGCCUGUGAAGUCCGCACAGACGAAUCAGGGACGACACUUUCUGCCUUAAUUUGAUUUUCACUUAGAAGAGACUUCCUUUAAACAAAAAAUACCGUGAAAGCAGAAUAGUCGUCCGUAAUUAGCCUGUGCGGACUGCACAGGCUAAUCUGGUAUGACAUUAUAGACACAAGCAUUUAACCCCCUUUCUAAAGAGCGCGGACCGUUUGUGAGAACGUUGAAGCGUACAUCGUCCCCAAAGGAUUAGACACUCCCAAUAUGCUUAAUGGUAUAAUUUGACAAGGUAGAAAGGGCAUUCAAACCCCAAAGUGACGAUCAGAAAUAUACUAUGUAAUUAGAAUGAUAGCCAAAAAUAAAAGACUACUAAAGAUAAUCCCACUUUGAUAAAAUGAGACUGGUUUUAACAUGAACGGAUUAAACCAAAUUUAGCUUCAAUGUUACAAAUCUGUAAUACUUUUGUACCAUUCCAAAAAUGGGCGCAAUUAAAAUAAGGUGCAGCGGAUUGAUAACCAGAACGAUGGAAAAUUGGCUACUAAGAACUGGAAACGUGGUUUACAUGUCACUUAAAAGGAAAUCGCCGUUUUAAAACUACCUGUAGUUAAACAUAUUGUUGUAUUAUAUGUUUGUAAUGUGAACCACCAUUGAUGCGACACAACUCUAAACAAGAUGAUCAGGCUACCAUUCACGUGUUUUGUGUCCACAACGGUGUCAACAUCCAGAAGGCGCAAUCGUAAUACAUCGACUUUCUCCGGAAUCCUCCGUAGCUGAUUUAAGCAAUAAAUCGUCUGCGGAUCCAGACUGCCAGAAGACGUUGACUCGAAGGCUCACUUACAUCGACGAAAAUGUUGUCUAUAAUAAUGGUGGUGAUUUAAUUUGUAUGAUAAGUGUUCCUACACAAUCUAUUUAUUUUGUUUGAUGUUAUUGAUAAAAUUGAUGAUAAAGACUUGAAACAAUCGAA